GAAGAAGAGUCAGCAUUGUAAACACAGGGAGGGAUAUGGCUGACGAGAGGGCUGCAGAAGAAGACAACCUUAACGACAUUAUGGGGAACCAGCUGCAGCUUUUACCAGAUAAUGAGGAAGAGGAGGAGGGAGAUGACAUAGAAGAUGACAUGGAGACUGAAGAACGAGACAGUGAGGGGACAGAGAAGCACACCACCAUCAACUUUGAUCCCAGUCUUCCCACAUCACAUUCUUACCUGGGCUUAGACAUGGAGGAGUUCCACGGCCGUACGGUCCACGAUGAGGACAGCUGUCAGACCAUCCCUGUGCUGCCUCACACGGCUGUGAUGCUGGUGCCCGGCCAGACGCUGCCUCUGCAGCUCUUCAGGCCGCAGGAGGUCAGCAUGAUGCGGAGCAUCAUCCAGAGAGACCGCACCUUUGCAGUCCUCUCACACAGCAGCGAUGCAGGUGAGCCGGACGCAGAGUUUGGGACGACAGCUGAAAUCUAUGCAUACCGAGAAGAGCAGGAGUAUGGCAUUGAAACUGUGAAAGUGAAAGCUGUGGGAAGGCAGAGGUUUAAGGUCCAUGAGAUAAGAACUCAAGCAGACGGGAUCAGACAAGCCAAAGUACAGAUCCUUCCAGAACGAAUCCUUCCAGAUCCCCUCUCUGCCGUGCAGAUUGCACCCCUCACCAGGCUCAACAUGCACCCCUCCUGCAAACCCCCGACUCAGACCUGCAAGCAGGCCCAGCGCUGGUGGAAUAACUACCAGCAGAGGAAGUUUCACUGUGCCAGCCUGACGCCAUGGCCACCCUGGGUCUACGCACUCUACGACUCUGAGUCGCUCAUGAACAGAGUAAAGAAACAGCUCCAUGAAUGGGACGAGAACCUGAAGGAUGACUCCCUCCCUACGAACGCCGUAGACUUUUCCUACAGAGUAGCGGCCUGUCUGCCCAUAGACGACGCUCUGCGGCUCCAACUGCUGAAGAUCGGCAGUGCCAUCCAGAGACUUCGCUGUGAGCUGGAUAUCAUGGACCGGUGCACAUCACUGUGCUGUAAGCAGUGCCAGGACACAGAAAUCACCACGAAGACUGAGAUCUUCAGCUUGUCUCUGAACGGCCCCAUGGCUGCAUACGUCAACCCUCACGGUUACGUCCAUGAAACGUUGACCGUCUACAAAACCAACAACCUCAACCUGGUGGGCCGGCCAUCCACGCUGCACAGCUGGUUUCCAGGCUACGCCUGGACCAUUGCUCAGUGUCGCACCUGUGGGUCUCACAUGGGUUGGAGGUUCACCGCCACCAAGAAGCACUUGUCUCCGCCUCGCUUCUGGGGUCUGACCCGGUCGGCCUUGCUCCCCCGCAUCCCCCUUGGCGAGGUGGAGGAGGGGAGAGAGGGCUCUCGCCUCUUCUGCCUCUGACGACGCACCAUCAUGUAUCGUCAAUAAACAACAACAAAAACCCUACAGACCCCCAAAGCCAAAAUCUCCAUGCACUCUCUCACUACAAUUACUGUCACUAAUCAACACAGCACCUGUCACCCAUGGCAGUAAAUCCAUCAUAUUAGUGGAAAAGUCAGUUAGCCUUUAAAUGGCACUCAAUUUAGACCAGGAGGGAACUAUUGUCCUUAAAAGCUAUUGAGAAGUGGAGGCAGCAGUUAGACAACUGCAAAAUUGCAUUGAGAGAAAAUGAGGGGGAAAAAACAGAGCAACAACAGAUUGGUCCAUAACACAUUUUAGAAACGUAGCUUGGAGCUGGCUGAUCUGCACCGCUGUCCAUCUGAUUCCAUGGUAGCUGCAGACGUACACAACAACAAAAGCUAUGCUUAAUGCCUCAUUUCCCUUCCACUCAUUUCCUCUGUAUGAUGGAGAGGUUUUCUGCAUGCAGUUGAGAUAGAGAUAUCUGGCUGAUAUGUUUCUGAUUUGAGCUGCUGUGGGUCAGUGGAGGAGAUGAAAGGGGACUUGUUUCUGUAAGGGUAUAUUUUGAAUCUAGGAAUCAUAUAGGAUGUAUUUUUAUAUGCCAGAAGAUUGGAAAGUUGCUAUUAUCACAAAAAACGAGAUGACAAUGUGUGAAGUCCCUGAGAUAAUCAGCUCCGAUUUUGGGCCCAUUGUCCUGUCAGAUGAUGUGCUCUGGAACAAACAAGAAAACAUUAGAGAAAACCUGGAGUCUAAUGGACUGUUUUUAUAAAAAGGUUAAAGCUUAACACAGAGAGUGAGAGGAGCAUUUUUAUUUAGUUUGUUCAUGUUGUAUGGCAUGUUAAAAAUGUUGUGCCUACGCGCCAGAGUCUUUUGAUAAGUUUAAUGAUUCAAUGAGCCACAGAGGAAUGAAAUAUUGUAACUGAUGAAAGGUGUUAUUUGUUGUGUAGUGUUGCUGUUUUCAGGAUUUUACAUCUUGCGAUUUUUGUUGCAAGGCGCUGGCUCAUGUUUGUAUAAAUAUAUCUGUAAAUGAGAGGCCGUUAGCAUAGCAUUUGUUUGUUGUGUUAUUUAACUGUUGUUCUACUGUUUGUAGAAUUGGAUUCUUAAAUCGCACAUAUCUACAUGUCUUAGAGAACAGAGGGGAAAAAAACCUUGAUUGCAAUAAAAAAAAAAUCUAAAAGUGAA